AUGCCACCGACGUUUACGGUCCGGGACACCACGUCGCUACCGUUUGUGCCGACGGCAUCUCCCAUGUCGCGAUCCAACCGCGAUGCCGACUCGUAUCCGUCCUCAGCGGCCCAUGGCCAGCCGCACGGAGUAGGGUACACGCAGCCAUCCCCAGGUGAAACCGGGUCGGGGUUGCCCCUCCGGCCUCCUAUAGUCCGGAUCCCGGUGGUGGAAGGUCACAGUCCCGGGGCGGCUACGGGGGUGGUUACUCAGGUCGAACGAAUCCUUCCGCACCCCCUGGAAGUGGCUCGAAUUGGGGUAAUUAUGGUGGACCCUUCGGGGGCCGAGGUGACCCUCCGGGACCUCCUAGUGGUGGAGGAUCCAGCGGGUACUACGGUGGUCCCCCUUGCCCUCCGGGAGGCGGACCCGGAGGAGACGUCACUGGUCACGGACAGCCCAACUCACCCCUGGAGCCCCGUUCGCCUUCACGUCAGGCCAUGUCCGAUGCUCGGAAGUACGCGCCCAAGUUCGAUAGUGUGA